GUUCCCUUUCCGGGAAUGACCACAGCUCUCACUCACCCAUCGGCUUCCUGUUGGGGCUUUCUCAGCCCCACCCCACAUUUGGACAUUUGGGGUGAUUCCUUCCCUGACAGAGGGGCCUGGGACCCAGUUGGGGCCCUGGCAGAGGCAGACAUGCUGCCCCUGCUGCUGCUGGCCCUGCUGUGGGGGGGGUCCCUGCAGCAGAGGGCAACGUAUGAGCUGCGAGUGCAGAAGUCGGUGACGGUGCAGGAGGGGCUGUGCGUCCUGGUGAACUGCUCCUUCUCUUACCCGACGGGCUCCUGGCAUUACUAUUACUAUGAUCCACUCUACGUCUACUGGUUCCAGGAUGGGGAGGACGUAAACCAAGGUGAGCCUGUGGCCACAAACAACCCAGACAGAACUACGAAGCAAGAGACCCGGGGCCGAUUCCACCUCCUUGGGGAUGUCCAGAAGAAUGUCUGCUCCCUGAAAAUAGAAGAUGCCAGAAUGGAGGACACGGGAMGCUAUUUCUUCCGCAUGGAGAGAAGAAAUUUAAAAUAUAACUACAAAGAGAAUAAGCUGAACUUGGAGGUGACAGCCCUGACAGAGAAACCUGACGUCCACUUUCUGGAGCCUCUGGAGUCUGGCCGCCCCACAAGGCUGAACUGCAGCCUUCCAGGAUCCUGUGAAGCGGGACGACCUCUCACAUUCUCCUGGACGGGUGAUGCCCUCAGUCCCCAGCACCCCAAGACCACCAGCUUCCCAGUUCUCACCUUCACUCCGAGGCCCAAGGACCAUGGCACCAACCUCACCUGUCAGGUGAAACUCCGAGGAGCUGAGGUGACCCGAGCUGAGGUGACCACGCAGAGAACUGUCCAGCUCAAUGUCUCCUAUGCUCCACAGAACAUCAUCAUCUUCAGGAAUGGCAUAGCUCUAGAAAUCCUGCAAAACACCUCGUUCCUUCCGGUCCUGGAGGGUCAGGCUCUGCGGCUUCUCUGUGAUGCUGACAGCAACCCCCCUGCACACCUGAGCUGGUUCCAGGGCUCCCCUGCCCCGAACGCCACCCCCAUCUCCAAUACUGGGAUCUUGGAGCUUCCUCAAGUAGGGUCUGCAGAGGAAGGAGGCUUCACCUGCCAUGCUCAGCACCCGCUGGGCUCCUUGCAAAUUUUUCUGAAUCUCUCAGUUUUCUAUUCCCCACAGCUGCUGGGCCCCUCCUGCUCCUGGGAGGCUGAUGGUCUACACUGCAGCUGCUCCUUCCGAGCCCAGCCGGCCCCUUCUGUGCACUGGUGGCUCGGGGAGGAGCUGCUGGAGGGGAACAGCAGCCAGGCCUCCUUCAAGGUCAACUCCAGCUCGGCCAGGCCCUGGGCCAACAGCUCCCUGAUCCUCCACGGGCGGUUCGACUCCAGCCUGAAAGUCAGCUGCAAGGCCCAGAACAUCUACGGGUCCCAGAGUGGCUUCGUCCUGCUGCUGCCAGGGAGAUCGAACCUCGGGGCACAGGUGGUUCCUGCAGCCCUUGGAGGUGCUGGUGUCAUGGCCCUGUUCUCUCUCUGUCUGUGCCUCCUCUUCUUUUUAAUAAUGAAAGCCCGCAGGAAGCAUGAAGCUGGGAGAUCAGAGAGAAUAAGUGACGAAGACCCCGUUAUGGGUACUGUCGCCUGGGGUUCCAGGAAGAAGCCUUGUCCAGACAGCCCCGGAGACCAAGCAUCUCCUGCUGAGGAUGCCCCUCCUUUGGGGGAACAACAGGAGCUCCAUUAUGCCUCCCUCAGCUUUUCCGAGAUGAACUUGAGGGAGCCUAUGGACCAGGAGGCUCCAAGCACCACAGAGUACUCAGAGAUCAAGAUAAGCAAGUGAAGACUCACCCAGAGUUCAGUCCUGGCCAGCGGAACCACAGCCUGUCUGGGAGAAAGGAGAAGUCAGGGACCACUUGCUGAAGCACCAAGAGCCCUUGUGACAAUGCUAACAUUAACUGAUGUGUACGUGCUCCAAACAGAGCAGAAAGAAGAUAGAUGAUGGAAUUAGAGAGGUGGGCUCAAACCUGGGCCCUGGCACUGUCAUCAGGCAAUUCACUGCAUCCCUCUGUGCCUCAGUUUCCCACUCUGUAAAUCAGAGAUCAUGCAUCUUACCUCAAAGGUUGUUGUGACCAUUAAAGAAAUCAGCACUGGAAAUCAGUCAACACGGGUCCUGGCACUGGGUGGGUCCUCAGUGCUUGCUGGUCUCUCUUCCUUAAACAGGAAGUUCUCUCAAGGCUGGGGAUGACCAGGCACAGAAAACAGGGCAGCAGUAUGUUGGUGUCAAUCCCCUUGGCAGAACUCCUCAAAGACUCCUUAGGAAAGGACACACAGGGAAAAUAAAAUAUAACAUGGGAUAUUUAUGUUAAAUAUGAUUAGAUAAAUGCUUCAGUU